AUGGAUCCCCACGAGAACUCUCGACCCACACCAGCACCCCCCACUACAUUAUUCUCUACCACUACCUCCAAUGUUGGCCUACACCGCUCAUCCACCUGGUGGCCAGUUCGUGCAGGUCAUGCUCUGCCACCUAUUGUUGGUGUUUCUCUCGCGUGGGGCGAAUUGCUCCACGCCGCAGCGGGUGCUCCUGCCCAGGACAAUGACUUGAUACGAGAUGAAGACUAUGUUCCGGACCCCAAUUCACAGCCACAAUCCGCCGGAUCGCAUUGA